AUGGAAAAGGUACCUAGCUUGAAUGACGAUGAUAUCGAAAAGAUUCUACAUCCCAGCAACCUUUUUAAUGAGGAUUUAAGACCGCUAGAAAAGGUGUCGCCAAACGGAGCGAUUGAAGAUAUUAUCAAUCCAUCGAUGGAUCCUCAAUCGAUUACACCAUCAACCGAUGGCAUACCCAGUAUCCCACAUGAACCAGGCCAACACUUAAUUCAAAGAAUGACACCUGUUGGGUUAUAUCCGCACCAAGACGACCGAUUAAACAACCAACUUUUACCAAUGUACAGAAACUCACAAGCAUUGCCGCAACAAUCGCAACAGCAACAAUCGAGUACAAGGCAUACGAAGACUAGACCAGCGUUUGUUAAUAAAGUCUGGAGUAUGCUUAACGAUGAGUCCAAUGUGAAUUUGAUUCAAUGGAGUAAAGAUGGGAAAUCAUUUAUAGUGGUGAACCGUGAAGAAUUUGUACAUCAGAUUUUACCCAAAUAUUUCAAACAUUCUAAUUUGGCAUCUUUUGUGAGACAGUUGAACAUGUACGGCUGGCACAAGGUACAAGAUGUCAAGUCAGGUUCCAUCCAAAACAGCUCGGACGAUAAAUUGCAAUUCGAGAACGAAUAUUUCAUUCGUGGUAGAGAAGAUUUGUUGGAGAAGAUCGUAAGGCAAAAAUCCUCUGCUGCCACAAACUCGAAGAGCAGCACGAACAGUAACGCUAGUGGAUCUGAUUUGCACUUACUGGGUGAUAUCAAUCUUGGGGACCAGUCAAAUGUCACUGCUCUGCUCGGAGAGUUGGAGCAGAUCAAAUACGACCAGAUGGCAAUCUCAAAGGAUUUGCUGCGCAUCAACAAGGACAACGAAAUGCUCUGGAAGGAAAAUAUGAUGGCCCGUGAGAGACAUAGGACUCAACAACAGGCGCUGGAAAAGAUUCUAAGGUUCUUAGCGUCCCUCGUACCGCACAUGGAUCAAAAGAUGAUCACCGAAGGGAUUCUGAACAAUGAUGACCCGUCUCAAGUAUUGCAAACGCACCAGGACACCCAAGACAACAAUAGCGGCGCACAACCAGCGAAUAUGGACCUUUUCGACCCAGAAUUCUUACGCAAUCUACCCAAAUCAAGGUUCCUACUGAAAAACCGUACUAGCUCGACAGCAUCGAACCCCGACCGGUCGCAAUUGGACGGCGCCAAGAUUUCGGAGAUCCCAUUUGAUGAAGAAGACGAGAACCACGAACACAAUGACACACCACAGCGUAACAGUAUCUCAGGCCAAGAGACCGUAUCAUUCCUAAACCAUCUACAAUCGAAUAUCGACGAACAAGAUGCCCGUAUACAACAUUUGGAAGAUAUGGUUCAAGUAAUUUCGCCCUCCGGGUCCCAACAAAAGCAACCCAAUUUCGACUUACAAGACUACUGUUUCAACAACAAUUCUCCCAUGGACGCAGGACGCAGUGGUACAGGCCUAAGUCCUUUACUCCCGCCCGAAGGUGACGAUAUGAUCCCUCUACACACACAAUCGCCUGCUUCGAACCUGAUAGGAGACCUAGGCACCGGCCAGACUAAUCCAAAGGGCAAAAGAUACCUCGAGCACGAACCACUAGUUGAAGAGAUCGCAGACAACUCCUCCAACGACCGUAAGAGACCUAAGCGAUAA